CAGCUGCGUCGCCAGUCCUCUCAUCGGAAGCCGGCUCUCCUCCUUCACAAAACUCUCGAACUCGUCGCAACUGGCUUCCUUCACGUUUAUGCUCUUCCCGCCCAGAUUAUGAGUUCCAAUCUCUUCCGCUCCGGCCGCUGCCAGAAUCCUCAGCAUCUUCUCCACACCCUUCUGCAGAUUCCUCUCGUCGGAAUCUUCCACCCUGUAGCUGAUUCUGCAGUGAGAAUCGCCGACGAGACCCACGGCAUUAAACCCGAGAACAUUCCGGGAUGCAGAGAAGGU